GGAAACGGAUGACUCGCCCGCUGCUGCGUUGAGGUUGAACCCCGCAGACUGAACCGAGGGGCCCAUUCAGCAGCGACUCGAACCCCGAGAAGGAGCGACUUGGACCGGCGAGGAAACGACACGACGACCUCGGGCUCGACGAGCGGGUGGUGACGUCACGUUUCGAGCCGCUGAUGCAGUGAUGUCAUCGACCUCCACAGAGCGAGUCCCCAUCCACUAAACCGUCCUGCACCGAUGACCCGCCUCCUCUGACGCCACCUUCUGUUGACCGGUGGGCGGGGCUGGCCCGGCUCGGGGUAGGCGUGUUGGGUGGUGGUGGUGGUGGUGCGUGGCCAGAGAUGGACAGCCGAUGCAGCAGCAGCGCCGAUUCCCGGCUGGCCGGCAGGGGGAUGGGCUCCAUCAACACCACGCCCCUCUACGCGAGGGUGGAGUCGUGCGAGGUCGGCGGGAAGAAGUGCAUCUCGGACGUGAGGAGGACCUUCUGCCUCUUCGUCACUUUUGACUUCCUGUUCAUCACCUUGCUCUGGAUCAUAGAGCUCAAUGUGAACGGCGGCAUCCAGAAGCAGCUGGAGAAAGAAGUGCUGCACUACGACUACCGCGCCUCCUUCUUCGACAUUUUUCUCCUGGCGAUCUUCCGGUUCGCCUCUCUCAUCCUGGCCUACGCUGUCUGUAAGCUCCGUCACUGGUGGGCCAUCGCAAUCACGACCGCAGUCAGCUGCUUGUUCCUGAUUGUUAAAGUCAUUUUAUCAAAGCUGCUGUCUCAGGGGGCCUUCGGGUACCUGCUGCCCAUCAUCUCCUUCGUGUUGGCCUGGAUUGAAACUUGGCUGCUCGACUUCAAGGUUCUUCCUCAGGAGGCCGAGGACGAACACAGAUAUCAGUCCAUCGUGGACGCCGCCGUGCGAGCGCCUCUCAUGUGCCCGGGUCCUUUAUCCGACGGACAGUUUUACUCGCCUCCGGAGUCCGUGGCAGACUCCGAUGAGGAACUGGAUGAUAAACACGAUCCAGAAAAAGGGCUCAUUCAGCAGGUGAUCUAACGGGAUCUCAACUCCUGAAGUGUCGUUUCCUUCCUGCUCCUAUUGUGCUACUUGUGGGAAAAAUGCUGCCUUACACAUUCUGCCAAAAAAAGAAGUCUUUGUAUAAUCAUUCAUCGCCACGAAUGCACCGCUGCAUGUGCACCCGGGACCGUGCCGCUUAAAAAGCAACUUCCGUAUCACGACCCGUCGACUUUCUGGGUUUAUUUUCAUUUGUUUCCGUCCUUACUAAUAAACUGGAGCGCCGAGGAGAAGCGAUACAUUCAUGGAUAUCACACACACAAUGAUACACUGAGAAGAAGAUAAAGAUAAAGUGUUUUUAACAAAAACCCAACUGUUUAUUAUUCUUUUCCCCGGCGGAAUCAAUGCCUUUUUUUAAAAUUCAGUGUUAUGUUUACUUUUUGAUUUUCUGAUAAUGUUUCACCCGCUUGGGUAUACAGUCACUGUAAAGGAACACGUUGUUGUUGUUGUUCAGCCAGUAUUGCGCUCAUGGACGACGCUUGAAGCAAAAACGAGAGGCGCGAUAAUUAAAAUUGAACUGCACGUUAAUAUUUGAGAGGCACGUCUUCAAAAGAGGAGAAGCGGCUCGCGUGAAACACGUUGCGGUGUCGAGAUUUUAAGAACAUCAUCGGGCUUUAUAAGGGAAAUAUUAAUUGACUUUAAUGCUAAACGAGCGCUUCAACGUGAAGGCCUGAGCUGCUCCGUAGCGACUACACUGCGCCCAAAAAGCUGCUAUGGGACACGGCUCAGUCUAUUAAAUACAUAAAAUACAUAAAGUACAUAAAGUGCAUGAGCGUGUCUUCAUGCAUGCUCUGCCAGCCGAGUGGAUUUGUUUUUAUGAAAAGCUAAAAAAGUCUAACAUGGAAUCAUUAAAAUGUGAAAUCUUG